GAGGCGGGGCCGGCCGAGCGGAGUCCGCGCGCGCCCGCACUGAGCUGCCCGCUCCGGCGGCUGCGCUGCUCGCCUGCCGCGAAGUCGCGCGGGGGUCUCCAAGCAUGACCGAGCUGAGGCAGAGGGCGGCCCGCGAGCCGGACGCGGCGCCCGAGGACAAGGAAUUGGAGUCAGAAGUGAAGGUAGAUGGAGAGACUGCGUCGGACAGUGAGAGCCGAGCGGAAACUGCUCCUUUAUCAACGUCUGCAGAUGAUACUCCAGAGGUCCUCAACAGGGCCCUUUCCAACUUGUCUUCAAGAUGGAAGAACUGGUGGGUGAGAGGCAUCCUGACUUUGGCCAUGAUUGCAUUUUUCUUCAUCAUCAUUUACCUGGGACCAAUGGUUUUAAUGAUCAUUGUGAUGUGUGUUCAGAUUAAGUGUUUCCAUGAGAUCAUCACUAUCGGCUACAACGUCUACCACUCCUAUGACCUGCCCUGGUUCAGAACCCUCAGCUGGUACUUUCUACUGUGUGUAAAUUACUUCUUCUAUGGUGAGACAGUGACGGAUUACUUCUUCACUCUGGUCCAGAGAGAGGAGCCUUUGCGGAUUCUCAGUAAAUACCACCGGUUCAUUUCCUUUACUCUCUACCUAAUAGGAUUCUGCAUGUUUGUACUGAGUCUGGUCAAGAAGCAUUAUCGACUGCAGUUCUACAUGUUUGGCUGGACCCAUGUAACAUUACUGAUUGUUGUAACUCAGUCACAUCUCGUUAUCCACAACCUAUUCGAAGGAAUGAUCUGGUUCAUUGUCCCCAUCUCUUGUGUGAUCUGUAAUGACAUUAUGGCCUAUAUGUUUGGCUUCUUCUUCGGUCGGACCCCACUCAUCAAGCUGUCCCCGAAGAAGACCUGGGAAGGCUUCAUUGGGGGCUUCUUUGCUACUGUGGUGUUUGGCCUUCUGCUGUCCUAUGUGAUGUCCGGGUACAGAUGCUUUGUCUGCCCCGUGGAAUACAACAAUGAUACCAACAGCUUCACUGUGGACUGUGAGCCCUCGGACCUCUUCCGUCUGCAGGAGUACAGCAUUCCUGAGGUGAUCCAGUCGGUCAUUGGCUUGACAACAGUCUGGAUGUACCCCUUCCAGAUCCACAGCAUCGCCCUCUCCACGUUUGCCUCGCUCAUUGGCCCCUUUGGAGGGUUCUUUGCAAGUGGAUUCAAACGAGCCUUUAAAAUCAAAGACUUCGCCAACACCAUUCCUGGCCAUGGAGGCAUCAUGGAUCGCUUUGACUGUCAGUACCUGAUGGCCACCUUUGUUAACGUGUACAUUGCCAGUUUUAUCAGGGGCCCCAACCCAAGCAAGCUGAUUCAGCAGUUCCUGACCCUGCGUCCAGACCAGCAGCUGCACAUCUUCAACACCCUCAGAUCUCACCUGGCCGACAAGGGGGUGCUGACAGCUGCCGUGGAGGAUGAGUAGCGGCCCCAGGCCCAAGACGGCAGGAGCAAGCGAGCGAGGGGCUAGGCUCCAAGGCAAAGCCCUCCUGGUGUGACUCAGUCGAUGACAAGGCUUCAACUCACUGUCUUUUUUUUUUUUUUUUUGUAGAGCGUUUUUUAUUUGUGGGUUUUCAGAACAAUCUGUAUAUACAGUCUAUGUGCUUAUGAUUUGGGUCGUGGGUAAACUAUAGCUCUGAGUUGGAAAGAAGUCACCGGGGUCAGACCUUUCAGGCUUUUUAAACAGAAGUUUUAACCUGGAAGACACUGUUGCCCACCUGGGGUGUAUCUGCUUGGUGCUUCUUGCUCCCAAGCUAGAGCUUCUGUUGCCGGGCUCCAUCAGGGAGGGAGUGGAUGUUCAUCUGUGGCUGACCAGUUCAGGCCCCCGCCCCCCACCGCCCCGGCCUGCCCUUGUAGCUGCCUUCAGCUGGAAAAAGGUGCAUGGCUUGGAUGUCUUUGCCCCGGAGAGCUUUCACCUGGGCCUCUCGAGAAUCCCAGCCCUGGAGCAACGGGACAGUUGCCUUCUGUGUGGAGGGACAAAGACUGUUUAAUUAGAUAAACAUUCUACCUGCAAGGUCCUGUGGGGUGUGAGCUCUGCUUUAUGACAUGGGUUAACCUUACUUCAUCACAGACUGAAAGAAGGCUUCAAUAUUUUUUUUUCAGGAAGCACGAAAAAUUAUUUAUAAUAGUCCGAAAAAGUACACUGUAAUAUUUUGAGUGUAUGCGGUAGAACGUGCCAUCACGAGCCCUUCCCCCAGGUGGUCGGCUCAUGUGGCUCCUCUUGGGCAGUCCGGCUAACUGUGUCUUUUCAGGGCCGAUGCCGUUCACGUUUGUGCUGUAGACUUGUUGCUGCUGAAUCCCUCCUGGGGGCUCUCCUGUUAGGCAGGGAGCAGGGGGCUUCUCGUUCACGUGCCCUUUGCCUGACUGACCACCCUUGUAGCUGCUGUGUUGUGUAUAUACUACUCUAAAGGCAAGUGUGUACCUGUGUGUGUGUUUUAAAAAUCACUUACUUCUUACAGUGAUUUCAGUUGUACCAUGACUUCUUCACUGCAACCACAAAAUCCUGCUUACAACUCUGGAAACCUAACCCGAUUAGAGGUGUAGAGGUGUGACUGUUCUGAAGAUUACAUGCACACUUUAUAUAUAUAUAUAUAUAUAUAUAUAUAUAUAUAUAUAUAUAU